CUCAAGGAUGUGGACUAUAAUACUACUUUAGUCUCUAGUAGCGCUCAAUCCUGUCAUUUCAAGCCGUGAAAUAAUUGCGCCAGCCACUCUAGCCCCGUGUGGCAACGAUUUGCCAUUUGUCCAUUCCAAGCAACGUCUGGCAAGGACGAGCCAGCCACUCCCCCGAGUCUCGGUCUCCAAGAGUGGAUCCAACUAACCGUCAGUCCACCACUGGUAAUUGCUGGCUGGCUGACGACUGAGACAGGAAUGGGUGGGUUCCACGAUUUUCCGGCAGAUUGGGGCACAACUGUCGAACCGGUGUCCUCAUGGGUGGGUCUUAAGUUGCCUUCUUUCACGGACUGACGUGGCGGACGUGGCGAGUGGCGACCCCAGCCCUUUCAUGGCUCAUGGAUGGUUACAGGGCCCAGAGUUGAUGACUUCCCUAUCUAUUCAUGCCCGUGUAGUCCGGCGUUAGCAUGGCCCAAUCUGAGCUUCCGGCCUAUCCCGGGGGCGUGGGUGGGAGCGGGGGUGUUGGUGGGGGCACGGGCACACUCGUUCAUUUAAAUGUGGGAGGUGAGCGGUUCAGUACGUCGAAACAGACGUUGACUGGUCCCGCGUCGGGCGACCACUUUUUCACGUCGUUGUUGAGUGGGCGGAUCGGUUCGCUCCAAGACGAGAGCGGGGCCAUCUUCAUCGACCGCGAUCCUGGGCUGUUCCGCGUGAUCCUGCACUAUCUCCGCACCAAGACCUUGUCUUUGCGGGACGUGGACCUCAAGCAGUUGCUGCAUGAAGCCGAAUUCUACGGCAUCACGUCGCUCAUUCAACAAUUGUCUUUAUGUCUGGAAUUGGACCAACCCGGAUGUGGCGAUGUGCUCUUUUAUACCUACUUGGCCCCGCCUCUCAUUCCCGCCCAUGAGCGACCCAAGAAAGCGAGCGGGCCGCCGCGGGCCGGCGGGCAUUCGCGCCACUCUUCGCAGGACUUGGGUCGGGGGGCUGGUAGCGGCGGGCUAGGCGUCACGGGCGGGCGAGCGCCCUUUCCGUCUGUACGCCACGCCUCGCAUUCGCGCAAUUCCUCGGCCGAUCUGAGCCGGACUUUGGGUCGGGCUCAUCCGGAUCCCAUGGGGCUGCUCUUCGGGGGCGGGGCCAGUUGGCGCGAUCCUUUGAGUGUACAGAUCGUCCAGGCCCACCAAAAUUGCAUUUGCGUGGCCUAUCCCCAUUUUGUGGCCUGCUUCAAGCAGAAGGAGAACCACGGUUUCCAGCCCGUGUUCACCAGUUUGUACUUAGAGCAUUUGAUUGAACGAGUGGCCAUUAAUGCCAAAAUGGGCUCUGUCUUGCCGCCCACGGCCACGGGCGAGCCCAUGAAUACCAUGAUUGCCAUUGGGUAUGCCAAUAACGUGCGCCUGAUGGGCUUCGCCGAGGAUGGGACCCGGUUGGACGUGGGCACGUUCAACUUGCACGCCUCGGUGGAUCAAAUGUUCUUUAUCGGGACGCAACUCGUGGCCCUCAGUCCCACGGGCAAGAUCGGGGUGUGGAACUCCAUGAGCCAACAUUGGCAAUCUCAAGAGCUGUCGCCCAUCACGUCCUACGACACGGCCGGCUCGUUCCUGCUCUUAGGCUCUUCCAAUGGUUCGAUCAAUUACAUCGAUAUGCAAAAGUUCCCUCUGCGAAUGAAGGACAAUGACCUGUUGGUCACCGAGUUGUACCGCGAUCCCGCUGGGGACUCCGUCACGGCCAUCUCGGUCUACUUGACACCCAAGACCUCGAUCAGUGGCAAUUGGAUCGAGAUUGCUUACGGGACCAGCUCGGGCAUUGUGCGCGUGAUUGUCCAACAUCCCGAGACCGUCGGGCACGGACCUCAGCUCUUCCAAACCUUCAGCGUCCACCGCUCCCCCGUGAUUAAAGUCAAGCUCUCGGAGAAGUUCCUGGUGUCGCUUUGCUCUGAAUACAAUCACGUCCGAACCUGGGGUGUGACUCGCUUCCGAGGCAUGAUCUCCACCCAACCCGGAUCCACUAGUGUGUCCUCGUUUAAGAUCUUAAGUCUCGAGGAGAUGGACCCAAGCUUGAGUAGCGUGGCUGGCAACGAUUGUGGGCCGUUCGGGGAACAGGACGAUGAGCAAGUCUUCGUGCAAAAAGUGGUGCCCGACACGGACUCGCUCUUUGUCCGCUUGGCCAGCAAUGGCGAUCGGGUGUGCGUGAUUCGAUCGGUGGACGGGACUACCAUCACCUCAUUCUGUGUCCAUGAGUGCGAAGGAUCUAGCCGAAUUGGGGCUCGACCGAGGCGUUUCAUUAUUACGGGACACUCCUCGGGAGCCGUGCAGAUGUGGGAUCUGACCACGGCGUUAGAGUUCUUCAAUAAGAGUAUGCCCACGUCUCAUUAUGGAGGUGGACCGAAUCCCGAAGAGCUGGUCAAGCUAUUGGACCACGUCGAGUUGAGCAACUCUCGGACAUCGACGCCUUGUUGUGUAUCUCCCUCCCCAUCUAUGCUGAGCUCUCAAAUGUCCAAUGCUCGAGUCAAGGCCGCAAAUGUGGCAUUCCUAAAUGCUCAAGACCCUUCCAACAACACGUCAGAAUAGGGUUGAAUACGAAACAUAUUCGUUAGUUGUCAGUUUGCCGGAAGUGACGGCAUGUCUUUAAUCCUCUCCAAAGUAUGUAUUUUCACCUUCAUGCAUUCAUGUUCAACUUCAUGUUUCAAACCUCAUGUUUCAUUCAGUAUCAUGUCUGAAGUUCGAUCCGAACAUCUUGAGGGCCUUGAAAAUGGUGGCGAGAAACAAACAUUUUCAAAACAACGACUAAUCUCGGGCACAUUAAAAUAAGUUUCAGUUGCUUCAAUGCUCUCUCGAUAUACCUACAAAAUGGAUGGAAGGACGAGAAAUUUGGGGGUCUUUAACGCACGAAAUAGACAAGCUAUUAUUACUUUUUUUUUUAAUCAAUUGAGCUCAAUUAGAUAAAGCUGUCUUCAAAUGAAUUGGGCAUAGAAAACAGCUAUUUUGGGUUUUGAUUGUCUUGAUGAAUACGUCAUCUGAGAAAUGUAUUGUUGAAGCGAAGUGUUAAAAAGCUAGACAUUAAUCUCGUCUAGAAAACUAGUGCUUCGCCACCUGGAUUGCUUUCCUUCUAAAACUAUCCGGCAAAAAAAAUACCGCUGUAAAGGUCCGUACUUGUCCUCGCUCAAAGGCUUCUGAUGUCGUUGGGAAAAAUUUCCGACCCCUCCAUUUUGUUGACCUACGUUUGUUUAGAUUCCAUUGUCUAUGUAUUUCAACACCAUACGUUUGUGUAGAUUGUUAUGUACCCUUUGAUAAAAUAAAAAAUGAGAUUCAGUUACGACAUAUGAGAUGGACUCUCCUUGCUUUCA